UUCUCUCUAACAAAAAUAUCACGGUAUUACCAAGAGCUCCUUCCACUCCUCCAGUUGUUUUUCAGUUCUCAUUCCUCCCAUCAAAAUUCUAGGGUUUCCGAAAAUUUCCCAAUUAAUCAAUCGAAUUUCUCAUCUCAAUUUAACUUUCAAAUUCCUUUCGAAUUCCUCCCGAAUCUAAAAUUGAAUUAACAGAAGUAAACAAUGUCUCGGGGUGAAUCGAGGGCAGUGUUAGAAGGAGACUUACAGAUAGUUGCCGUGAACAACAAACCAUUAACGUCGGCUUCUUUGCCGCCGAAACCACCAAGAACAGAUAUUGUGUCAUCUUCCAACAAUGCAUUGGUGGAGUAUUCUCGCCCACUUAUCGAGGAAGAAGAAGAAGAUUUGGAGAUUAAACUACGUCGUAUUAUCGACAAUGUUCCUGUUCGUGUUAGUAACACUUCUGGAAGUUCUGCUGGUUCUGGCUCUGGUGACUUUCAUCAGUAUCGACAAAUGCGACGGAAAGAGCAGGAUAGGCUUGCCAGAAUUGAGGUUGACUAUCAAAGAAGGAAAGAAGUUGCAGAAUUCAAUAUGAGAAGAGAACAAAGACUGAAAGCUGUCGAAGAACAAACAGCCAAAAAGCGUGCAAAACGUCAAAAGAAGAAGCAGAGAAAGAAGGAGAAGAGAAGUAAACUAACUGCUGCUGGGGAAGAGCCUCAAAAACAAGAUUCAUCUGAUGAUAGUGGAGAUUCUGAUAAUGGUGAACAGGCAGGGGAUAAUUGAGCGAUUUUGCAAACUUUCUUUAGCAAGGAUAUUCCUGCAAACUGUCUGCAAGAUUCAACAAAUUGAUCAAUUUGUGAUUGGCUUCAACAAUGUAGAGAUUUUCAUUUUGUCUGGAAAUCGAGGCAUGGAUACCCUUGGACUCACCAACUCCGACUCUCCGAGGUUGUUCGACUGGAAACUUUAACAGUAUCAUGGCUGGCAUUGAUGUUUGGUUUAUAGAUUCCCAAGUUGUAUGCUUCGUUGAGUUGCUAAUUGCCCUGUAAUAGUCACGUGCUUUCUCAAUUCAAAUGUUCAUCAAAACGUAUACCUUAUCAAGCGUGUAACAUGCAUUGGAGGCUAUUUUUUUGCUUACAAAUGAGCAAUGAGCAAAGAAAUUGCCUUUAGGCGUACAGUUUACCCGGGGUAUACUAAGAUUGAUGGCCUUGCUAUUCGGCCCCGAGUCACUCAAAUUAUGUAUCAUUUAGUGUUAGUACAUGUUCCUUUUUCCUAUUUCUACCUUAUUUUCAUAAAAUAUGAUUUGAAUUGUCA